AUGUGAGGCUGGUAUUGACACGAACGAACAAGAAAAUACCAAACUUCAGAAGGCAGCUCUAUGGGGUGAGUGUAAGUUUGCAUCUGUAGUCCGUCACUUGGACCCAGCUCCUGCAAACAUCACUGACGAAGCCAUCGAUCUGGUCCCGGUCGUUAGAGACAAAGUCAUCAGGCGUAAUACCCAAUGA